CAGGAUGUCCAAUUGGAUUUGGGAACCUCCCACCAGAGGAGUGUGUUUGGUGUUAUGGAGCUCCAGUGUUACAUUUGCAUCAGACUUUUCUACUAUACUUCACAAAACUUGGCUUAACAUCAGCUGUGUGUUUAUAUCAUUGUGCCUGAGUUUUUGGAAAGAGCUGCAUUCAAGGUUCAUGAAGUGUCACUGAGGUGGUUUAAUCCCAAGUCAUAACGCCACCAGACUGAAAUGGAAGCAGGCAACAUUAGGAAGAAUGAGUCGCAGAACGGUUCCACUGGCCACACCAAAGACAAACCCACUGUGAAGGCCACAGUACUUCAGAAAGAUGUUGGUCUGCUGAGUGGCAUUUGCCUUAUUGUGGGUACUAUGAUUGGCUCAGGCAUAUUCAUUUCUCCUAAGUCUGUUUUGCUGUACUCGGGAGCUGUGGGACCCUGCCUCCUUAUCUGGACUGCUUGUGGAGUGUUAUCCACUCUGGGAGCUCUGUGCUAUGCUGAACUUGGUACCAUGAUCACCAAAUCAGGGGGAGAGUAUUCCUAUUUGACGGAGGCUUUUGGCUCGCUCAUGGGCUAUCUUUACUCGUGGACAACUGUAAUGGUGCUGAAACCUUCCUCCUUCGCUAUCAUCACACUGAGCUUUGCAGAAUAUGCCUCUGCUCCUUUCUAUUCUGGCUGUGAUCCGCCACUUGUAGUUAUCAAGUGUCUGUCAGCAGCAGCUAUAUUCAUAAUUGUUAUUGUCAACUGUUUGAGUGUCAAACUGGCGAGCUAUGUGCAAAACAUCUUCACAGCAGCCAAACUUGUCAUCAUUGUGGUGAUUGUUGGAGCUGGCAUCUUUCGUUUGGCACAAGGAAACACAAAGACCUUGUCAAAUGCCUUUGAAGGCACAUCAUCAUCUGUGGGAGCAAUUGGACUUGCAUUUUAUAAUGGGCUUUGGGCUUAUGAUGGAUGGAAUCAACUUAAUUAUAUUACCGAGGAGCUAAAAGACCCAUUCAGAAACUUGCCAUUGGCCAUCCUAAUUGGUAUCCCUUUGGUUACUGUGUGCUAUGUGUUGGUCAAUGUUGCUUACUUCACUGCUAUGACCACCACUGAGCUGCUGCUGUCUCCAGCUGUCGCCGUGACUUUUGGAGACAGAGUCCUUUACCCUCUGUCUUGGAUGGUCCCUCUUUUUGUUGUCUUCUCAACAUUUGGGUCAGCCAAUGGAAGCUGCUUCACUGCCGGCAGACUGGCCUAUGUAUCUGGCAGGGAAGGUCACAUGGUGAAAAUCUUAUCCUAUAUUAGUUUGAAGCGCUACACUCCCUCCCCUGCUCUUGUAUUUAAUGGUGUUUUGUCUUUUUUCUACAUCAUCCCAGCAGACAUCAACACCCUCAUUAACUACUUCAGCUUUGCUCAGUGGGUGUUCUAUGGUCUGACAGCGCUUGCUCUCAUAGUGAUGCGCUUUACCAGGAAGGAGCUACAUAGACCUGUAAAGGUGCCGAUUGUCAUAGCCGGCCUAAUGGUCCUGGUGUCUUGCUACCUCGUCUUGGCCCCAAUCAUUGAUAAGCCGGAAAUGGAGUACCUUUACUGUACUAUCUUCAUCUUCAGUGGACUCCUCCUUUACUACCCCUUUGUCCACCGGAAAUUCCAAUGGGCUCGGAAAUUCAUGAGACCCAUCACCAUGCAUCUGCAGCUGCUGAUGGAGGUAGUACCUCCAGAGAAAAAUGAAUGAGAAGGGACAAACAGGUCAGCUGAAAGAUGUCCUGCCUGGCUCUGGAAACACAGGGAUGGAAAUAUGUUGCAGUAGUCAGAGAUGGUCAAAAGUUUGAGACUUUUUUCUCUCUCUCUCUUUUUUAAUUUUUUUUUUAUAUGUGUGUGUUUUAAAAGCUAGGUAAAACAAAAGAAUCACCUGAAACUUAGGGAUAAAGCUCAGAAAUGGUCUCUUUAGUGUUUCCUUGAAUAACUCUUUAGAAUGAACUUAGAAUUUCACUUAAAGAUACGCAUGUUUAUUUUUUAAAUAAUAAAUAGUAGACAUUUGCAUAAAACUAUCACUCAUAUAGAUGAAUCUGCAUCUAAGUAGAGGGACGUAGUGAAUGUUUUCUAAAUGUAGUAAUGGAUGAGGCAUUUGAAAGAUGAGCAAAUCAUGCUAUGAGAUGUGAAUAUGUUUUGUUCCUGUUGUUUCUUCUGAAGAUGUAAAUGGAAAAGAUUCUGUCAUGAUGUAGCUGCAUAAAGUAGCAAUGCUUUCCUUCCUACUGAGCUAUACUGUAAAAGUUCUUUAUUGUGUUUCUUAGAGUUUAUUAAAGCUAUUAGUCUUUUGAGCACAAAGAUGACAGGGGAUCGCUGCUUUUGCUACUUUUGAGAAACUGCAGAAUAAACUGCGAGUAAAUUCAUGAGCUCACUGUCAAGUAAGGAUAAUGAAGGUUGAGUAUAAGAUAUAUCUGAAUUUCACUGAAUGCAGGCAGUCAUGUUUUAUUCAUUUAUUUUUGCAUUUUUUUUAUUACAAGAUAUAAGACAUUACUGACAAUACAGGAUGGUACAAGACAGUACAACACAAUAUUUUAAUAAAUGGAAAUGACAUUAAGAGUAAUAUGGGAGAGAAACAUUUUUUAUUUAAUUUCGUUACAUCUGUUUAU